AUGAAGAGAGAGUCAGUGCCCGUCUUGCAUACCAUCGUGGACGACUUCGAGCGACACGUCAAAAUUCUAGGUCAGUUGGGUGAACCAGUAAAUUCGUGGAGUACCAUAUUGGAGCACAUCCUCUGUACGCGACUGCACGAUGACACCCUGAAGGCGUGGGAGGAUCACGCUUCCACCCUGGACGCAGUAACUUACGAGCGACUGAUCGAGUUCCUGCAACGUCGUAUCCGUGUAUUGGAAUCGAUUUCCGUCAACAAACACUAUUCGUCUGUCCCAGCCGAAACCCAAUUCAAACCUCCGUGUUCGAAAAGAUCGUUUCCAACGAAAGUCUCGUCCCAUGCUGCCGUCGAAAAUUCUCCUAUGAAGUGCUACACCUGCGAUCAACGUCAUCCUUUAGUAAAGUGCUACAAAUUCGAGAAGCUUCCAAUUUCCGAAAAGUUGAACCUUCUUAAUGCCAAGCGUCUCUGUCUCAAUUGUUUCCGCAACGACCACCCCGCUCGAAACUGUUCGUCGAAGGCAUCCGUUCAAACCAACGUAGCCACUGCCGAGGCAGUUCCGUUGCUGUCCGCAUCGACAUUGGUGAAAUCCCAAGAGCAAGUGUGCAGUAUCCCGAUGCAAAGUUGCGGCAGAAACGGUUUCAUGCUCACCGUACUGCUGAAAAUCGUCGACUGUUAUGGUGAAGAGCAUUUUGCCAGAGCUCUUUUGGAUUGCGCUUCCCAACCGAACAUCAUCUCCAAAAAUUUGGCUCAAAUUCUGCGGCUAAAGCGAAACAAGGUGAAUGUUCUGAUCCAUGGAGUAGGAGAGAAACCGCAACACGCUCGCAACUCUGUCCGUACGCAAGUGCGUUCCCGGAAAGGAGAAUUCAUCCUAGAUGUCGACUUCUUGGUUCUGAACAAGGUCAUCCCGAACCUUCCGACUCGUGACGUCUCCAUUGAAGACUGGAAUCUACCCCAGGACCUGUUCUACGCUGAUCCAAACUACCACAAGAGCUCCGGGAUUGAUUUGAUAAUCGGCAAUGAGCAUUUCUUCUCUUGCUUCAAGACUGCCGCUAGAAUCCAACUGUCUGAUUCACUUCCGUUUCUUGUCGAUAGUGUAUUCGGUUGGAUCGUCUCUGGUACCGCCCACGCUGCCACAAAUGCGCACGAUGCGUCCACCUGCUCCGUUACGACCGUUUCACUAAUGUCCCUCGAAGAAAGCCUGGAACGCUUUUGGGAAAUCGAAGAGCCGCCAGCUCGAUCUGCCUAUUCACUAGAGGAGAAGAAAUGUGAGGAAUUCUACACAUCCACGGUUACCAGAAACAGCGCAGGACGAUACGUAGUGCGACUACCACGUAAAUCCAACUUCGACGAGCUAGUUGGAGAAUCGAAGGCCACCGAAGGCUACGACUAUUCGAACUUCUUGAACGCAGGCUUGAUCGACAUGCCCACCUGA